GCAUGGCAUGUCGAAAAUUGAUUGACCAAAACCGCACCUUGGAGGUGCGGUUUGUAUGGCAAAAUCGCACCUUGUGGGUGCGGUUUUGUUUGGGAGAAGCAAACCGCACCUUCAUGAUGCGAUUUUGAUAGGUCAGGCCAAAACCGCACCUCGGCCAAGCGAUUUCUGUAGGUCAGACCUAAAACCGCUUGGCCAAGAUGCGGUUUUGGUCCAGGAAUAUGGACCGCACCUUAGAGGUGCGGUUUAUGUAUAAAACGCACCCUUAGGGUGCGGUUUAAAUAUAAAACACACCUCUAAGGUGCGGUCCAUUAAAAAGAGUGCUAUUAGUGUAAAUUUUUUCGGAUGGGUGCUAUUUUUGUAUUUUUUUUAAAAGGUGCUAUUUCUGGAAAAAUCCCAUGAAAUUUCCAACCUAGACGCCAUACGGAAGAAUCCCAACAAGCAACAAGGUAACUCGCUACUACGGAUCUUACAUUCAUUGCAAUAUAUAUGAUCGUCUCAAAAAUCAUAAGACUUCUACAGCACAAAGUGACAGAAUGUAGAACCAGAGUGAUUAUUGGGUCAUUGUCUCAUUGAGCAGAACUUUCUUUAAGGACUUCCACUCCGUAGAUAACUGUCCCCGCUCAUUAUAUUAAAUACAUUGGAUAUAGAGUAACAUGAAAGAACGAACACAUGAUUCUCAUUUUAAGGCAUCGUCGGACAUCAAUUUUACAUCUGAAUUUUCUUUCUGGGACAAUAUAGCAACAUUUCUUAAUUGUAAAACACGACUAAUUCAACGGACCCUCAAAAUUUUUCCUUGCACUUUUUGUUAAACAAACCCAUGACCCUCUAGUUAAUAUAUAAAAAGUUGAAUUAGAGUUAUUGUGGCGUAAAAAAUUGCUACUUUAGUCACUUUAUACAUUUUACAUUUUGAUACCCCAAAUUUAAUUUUAAUGUAAAAUCAUUGAACAAUUAUGUUUUGAUAUCUAAAUUUUAUGAGAUUUCCGUACAUACAAUUUUUAAAAUUUAAAGUUGAAGUAGAGUUAAUGUUGCAUAACAAAUUACAACUUAAUCACUUUUUAGUACAUUUACGGGGUACUAAACAAACUUCUACUAACUACAUAUAACAAAAUAUGUGAUAUCAACAUAUGCAAGUGUCAACAAAUUGCUACGGUGAAAAGGGUUACCUGUUGUAUCAACGACCAACCAAAAGAAUUGGUCAAAACAUUUCCAUCAUCUACUUUCUCUUCGUUUAGAUUAUGAAAGUAAAUAUUUUUAAUUAUAUUUUAACAUAUUUCAUACAAAAUUAAGUAUUAUAAAAAAGACAAAAUCAAUGGCAAAUAAACCACAAGAUAAUUAUUUUUCAAUCCAACUACCUACAAGCGGAAUCGACGGGCUGAAGUUUAGACUCUACCGCAGCAAAGCACGACAACAAUUCUAGUUAUAACUUAUAAGGCACGACUGACGCAACUUUCAUAUUAGUAAAUUAUUUGUUUCCCAAACAACUCUUACGGGUCGUUUGCGUCGUGGAUUUGAAAAAUGAAGGUUUUGAUAAAACGAAGGUUUUCCAAAACCAUGGACUUAUAAGGGUUUUGGGUUCAUAAUGGACUUAUAAAAAAUCAUUGUUUGUUUCAUGGAUUUUAUUAUGGAUUGUGUUUAAUUAGAUUUAUAGGAUAUAAAGUGAGAUGACCUUAUUGCCCUUAUGAGCAAUUAUUUGUUUUAUGCGUUUCACAACCUUGACCGCGUUUCACAACCUUGACCGCGUCGCUGCGGAAAUUCGGGAGUCGGAUUUGCUGUUGCUUCACGGAAAUGGCGACGGGCUCCGCCCAGGAUCAGGCCGAUACUGCUCUUCUUCAUGGCAAUGUUGCCGUUUCGGGCGGCGAGGGAGGCGGUGGCGGUACGAGGAUUGCGGUCGAGGCGGGAGGUGGAGGAAGAGAGACGAAAGCAGACGAGUUCGUGAGGAACCCUAGCGAUGGUGGUGUUGGUCGCACUGCUGCUUCCGCCGCUGGCCCUCCCAUCGACGAUUGCUGCCCGAUCUGCUUCGGCGACUUCUCCGUCGCCUGUAAAGCGAACUGCUGCCAUUGGUAUUGCGGAGGGUGCAUUCUCCAGUUCUGGAACUACUCAGCAGCAGCAAAACCAUGCAAAUGCCCAAUGUGCUCGUCCAGCAUCACUAAGUUGACGCCAGAGGCAUUGUUACUCAAUCAACCAGAGCAGGGAGUUAAAGAGGUUUUGCAAGAUGUUGAGAGGUACAAUCGCCUGUAUGUUGGAGGAGCACGUGGCCUCAUUCAGAAAGUGCGGGAAUCACCGUUAUUCUUCAAGCGAAUUGUUAUGCAGAUGAUGGAUCCUGAUAGACCAGAGUACUUCCUUCAGGAAGCUCGCCUCUUAGCAAAGAAGGAGCCUUGUGAUUAUUUUGAAUGGCACGACAUUAGAGCUGCAUUAUACAAGGAGAGGAAAAGACUUGGUGAAAUGGUUUCGAAUUUGCAGCUGGAGAAUGCAGAUCUUCGUGCUGCAUUAGACAGAGUGUCCAAGCAUAGUGUUGAUGUUGGAAUUGAAAGCAAGAAUGUGAUAUCAUCCUACGAAGAGAUAGUUGUUGCCAUUAAGUCAAUUAAGCUCAGGUUGGACCAGUUGGAGGCUGGGAGUUCAAAGCUCAAAUGAUUAUGGGUGUUUCAAAUUAGAAUCCAGGACUGCUUAGUGCUGCAAUUUUGUGCUAUGUUUAGAGUGAUCCCACAGAUUUGUUUAUUGGUGUAAGUUUCUUUUCAUGUGUACUGGUUAGAGUGUUGUUAAUGAGAAGCAGAGUUGUGUAAUGGAAUAUUUAAGGAUUAAUGAAAUGAAGUGCUUUGAUACUUGAAUUUGGUUUCUGCAGAUAGUUCUUUAGGUAGCUUUGAUACUGCUUUCUGAUCAACCCACAAAAUUGCAGACAUGAAUAGUAGAGUUUGUGAUCAUUCAGUAUAAAAAGACGGCUUUCUACAUAUCACAGAUCAAGCCAUAGUCUUUAGUAAUGGAAAUGAAAAUUAUAAGAUUGCAGCAUAUAUACAUAAAUAACCUGCAUAUAUUAAUAAGUCAGAAAUAUACAACUUAAACUGAAUACAUAGCCAAUUCUUCGACACAUAUUGGAAUGGCUUGGAAACUUUCCAAAAUAAUAGACCUCCUACUUUAAUAGUUGCAUGCUAGCUCUUCUGAGUCAGCUCUGCAUAAGAGGUCGAGUUUCCUAUCCCUAUAAUGAGUCCAACUUUGUGAAGGACAUACUCCAGAGACUAGAUCAAUUUCUUCCACAACAUAUGAAGGAUGCUGCUCAGGUUCUUGGUCCCUAUAAUCUCUCUCAAAAGUGUCAACUCCCUGCUCCAGCUUGAUGAAAUUAUGCAGCAAGCAACAUGCAUUCACUAAUAGUGUAACAACCUCAGGGGAGAACCAGCUGGUUUCUCUAAUAAUGGUCUAUUACCUCCUCCCCACUCUUUCAAAUGAUACCUUUGACCUCGAUAUGGAGCUAAAAACCCUUCAGAGUUGCUAUACCCGGCAUCUACUAAGUAGUAUUUUCCUAUUAAAUUGAAAGAGAAACAUGUAAGAACUAAUCAGUGGAAGUAAGGUAUAUUUUCAGAAUGUCUAGUUCCUUCUAAAAGGCUACAUUACCUUUCUCAACGCGUAGUCCAUUUGGCCUAGCCAAUGCAUCUCUAAGAACCUUUCCGUCAUGGGCUGAACCCUCCCAUCCAGCUAAGCAGUAUAUAAACUCGAGGUUGGGGUUGCACACUCCCAAAACAUUCAUUGUAAUAUGCCUUUCCCGAUCUCGAUACCUAGGUUUAUUUUCUGUCCUAACACGCAGCCUCACAUGUGUCCCAUUUAGUGCCCCUAAGCAACCCUUUACCAUAGAAAAACUAGCUGUUUUAGGAUAGUAAUUGCAGCUAACCUUGCAAGUUAAAGAAAAUUCAAAUAAUUAACAUACCUUGAAGUGUUUCCACUUAGGAUCAGUACAAUUUUCUGGUAUAGCUGAUGGUCGGCGGAGUAAAAUAGGAUGCAACUGAAGUACAGCACGUAGGACUCUAUGAAUAACUUUGGAGAUAGUUUGUCCUGAGCGACAAAAGUCAACUUGUAGCAUUCUGUUCUUCUUGUUGUGCCCGAUGGUAACUAAAAACAUCAUGACCAUCUCCUCUAUAUUGACAUCAUCUGAACGUUCUAACCACCCUUCACGGACGAGUAGCUGACACAACCUCUUGAACAUACUACGACUCAUCCUAAUACUAUCAAUGCAACGAGUAUCAGAUAGAUCAAGUACUCGUCUCAUAUAUCUCAUUCUAUCAUGUUGACGGUCAAAUAUGCUAUCUAAGGGGGUGUUCCGAGGUCUAGAUUUUAUCUUUUUCAUCACUAAUAGCUCAAGAAAUCUAAUCAGCAAAGAUACAUAGACAAGUAACAAGGUUAAAACAAUCCUAAUAGCCUUCACGGUGUUCCGCUUCUGCACUUUAUUAGAUUUUCUUCUCAAUCGAGCCAUAGCCUUAACAUCAAAAGAAGCAUUACAGCAUACAAUCAGGAAACUUUCCAUAGCAAUCCAUCAGAACUCUCAAUGGAGCCACAACAUUUAUGCCACAAACCAUAACACACAUUUAGCUUUCAAAUUCCAGUUCAAACAAGAAAGUAAUUUCACAUACAAGAAGCAUCUAUCAAUAAGUUACUGAUCUUUACAAACUCAGACAGAAAGGAGCUUUCUUUGUUUGGUUCAGCUUCAAACAAUACAGAUGGAGGCCUUAUAUUCUUAUUAUUGAAGUAGCUUAGAGAAAAGCUUGACUCUGCAGAAUGCUGAAAACCAGGAUUGCUUAAAAAAUCGGACUCCAAGCUUUGGAGUAUCUAUGGUCAACUCAAACUGAAGAAGUAACAUGUGGUUACAGAAUGAAGAUGCCCAAUUCUUCUCCUUUUUUCCUCGCCUUUCUUUCUCUGGGGCAUAUAAGCAAACAGUAGGUACUAUAUAGGCUCAGAGAGACAAAAGAAAAAGAAGGGGACUUGCUCCAUUUGGAGUUCAGAUCGAGAGGAACAUAGAGCUACCCAUUAACCAAAGAGGGAGGGCGGAAGUGGGUUUCUAUGGCGGUAAGCGGAAUUCAGCUCUCACUCUGGCACAAUUACGUGAAGUGCUGUGGAGGGCGGUGGGGAAAAUGGAAAUGGCGGACAGCAGCUGCAGGAAGGAGGAAUGGUCGGUCUAUGGUAAGGUUUUGGGGGUCUACACUCUACACUACUGGCUGUGGAGUUCAAGGAGGAUAGAGAUAGAGAGAUGGAAUAUUAAAACUUCAAUACACCAACAACAUCAAAAAAGAUCGGCCAAGCUUUAAUCUAGGGUUCGUCGGGAAGAAAGACACAGAUGAGAAGCAACGACAGAAAGCAUACCUGAUUGCAGCGACGGAGGAGAAGAUCGAAGAUUACGACAGAGAAGAAGAUCGGAGAUAGCGACGGAAGAGAAGUUUCUCUGUGAGUCGACUUCCUUCCCUUCGUUUUUUUCCCUCGCAAUUUUCCCUCGCAGCUCGCAAACAGAAGCUUCACUCUUUUAUCUGCCAAAAUUUCGGAAAGGAUAAACAGAAGGGCACUGCUGGCAAUAACAAAAUAUGGCAGGGACA